UGCAGUUUAUUGAGGGAGGUCGCGGUACCGAGUACUUGACCGAAUGUAACCCCCCACAACAGUAGCACGCCCACGCCAGCGCAAAGUCUAGAUAUAAGAAGGUAGACCUCAACCUUCUUUACCUUCCUCAACCCAGCCACUUCUCUUCCCCAAGUAUCCCAAUAAGAUUUAAUAUGUCGACCCAAUUCUUCAUCCUAGCUCUUCCUCUUCUAGCUCUUGCAGGUAGGUAUAAACUCUCACUCUCAACUGGUGAUCAGCUUCACUGACAUAUUAACAUAUAUAGGUCCACAAAGUUAUUCAGGCAAGGCAACCUGGUAUGGCGGCAAUCUGCAUGGCGGCAUGUGUAGCUUCAGCACCUAUAACCCGCCCUCAAACCUGCACCUGACCGCUAUGUCCGAUUCGAACUGGAACGGAGCUUCAGCUUGUGGGUCCUGCGUCCGCAUUACCGGCCCCUGGGGCAACAGCAUCACCGCCAUGGUGGUAGAUCAGUGCCCAGGCUGUGGGCCAAACCAUCUCGAUCUCUUCCCAGACGCUUUUAAGGCCCUUGCCGAUCCAAACACAGGUGAAAUACAGGUUAGUUGGGAUUGGGUGUCUUGCGAGAUCUCAUCGCCGAUCGUCCUCCGUGCAAAGGAAGGCGGAUCAAAGUAUUGGUUCUCGAUGCAGGUUUUAAAUGAAAAUGUGAGCGUGAGAAGUCUGGAUGUGAGUACGGACUGGGGGAAUACGUGGGAAGGAACAACGCGACGGCCGUACAAUUUCUUCGAGAAAGAAGAUCAUGGCGGGUUUGGAGCUGAUAAAGUGACUGUGAAGAUAACGAGUUGGAACGGGGAGGAGAUAGUGAUUUGGAAUGUUGGAGUGAAUGGUGAGGAGCAGACGACCGCUGAAGGAAAUUUCCGAAAGAUCUGAAGGAUCAUGUAUCCUGUUUGGUGGAAAUUGAACUUGAC